UGCCCGCAGGCAGGUCUGCAGCCGCCCCAGAGGAUGGACAUCAGGCCGAACCACACCAUCUACAUCAACAACAUCAAUGACAAGAUUAAGAAAGAAGAACUGAAAAGGUCCUUGUAUGCGUUGUUCUCACAGUUUGGUCACGUGGUCGACAUUGUGGCUUUAAAGACUAUGAAGAUGAGAGGACAGGCAUUUGUUAUAUUUAAAGAACUUGGAUCGUCUACCAAUGCUUUGAGACAACUACAAGGUUUUCCAUUUUAUGGGAAACCAAUGCGCAUUCAGUAUGCAAAAACAGACUCUGAUAUAAUCUCUAAAAUGCGUGGUACUUUUGCUGAUAAGGAAAAAAGGAAGGAAAAGAAGAAGGCCAAAUCUCUGGAGCAGUCAGCAAAUGCAGCAAAUAAAAAGGUUAUCCAGGGAGCAACACCAAAUUCAGCCAGUGCCCCAGGGACUGCAGCACAGAAUCAACAGGUGCCUGAUAACCCACCAAACUAUAUCCUUUUCCUUAAUAACUUGCCUGAGGAAACAAAUGAGAUGAUGCUGUCCAUGUUAUUCAAUCAGUUUCCUGGAUUCAAAGAAGUACGCUUAGUGCCUGGGCGCCAUGACAUUGCAUUUGUGGAGUUUGAAAAUGAGAAUCAAGCAGGAGCUGCUCGAGAUGCUCUCCAGGGAUUCAAGAUUACUCCAUCUCAUGCCAUGAAAAUCACUUAUGCGAAGAAAUAACCAGAUGCUCCUAUAAAGGACUUCUGUGGAUAGUUGGUUUUUUUUAAUACAAUGUCUUUGAUCAGCUAGCAUGUUUGCUGUUCUCUGCAAAAAACUUAAGACUUGUCUAAAAUUGCCACAACAGGCAGGACAGAUGUAGGAUUUCCACGGAUCUACUGGAUAGUAAAUUUUUGUGUUGAAAUACUAAUUUUUGUAAAAUAAAUUCAGUUUAUGCUCUUUUC